AUGGCGGCGACAUCAUCCUCUGCUUUCCUCCUUAAUCCGUUGACUUCUCGCAACCGACCCUUCAGAUACUCGCCGGAGCUUUCUUCUCUCUCCCUAAUCUCUAGAACGGCGGCUACUUCUGAUUUCUCCAAGGCUUCUCUCGCGCUCAAGAGACAGAGCCUUGUGUGCAAGGCUGUCUCUGUCAAGCCUGAAGCUGGAAUUGAAAAUCUUAAUAUCGCCGAUAAUGCUUCUCAGCUUAUUGGGAAAACUCCAAUGGUGUACUUGAACACCAUAGUGAAAGGCUGUGUUGCAAGUGUUGCUGCCAAGCUUGAGAGCAUGGAGCCAUGUUCAAGUGUCAAGGAUAGAAUUGGAUACAGUAUGAUUACUGAUGCUGAGCAGAAAGGACUUAUAACACCUGGAAAGAGUGUUCUUGUGGAACCUACAAGUGGAAACACAGGCAUUGGACUUGCGUUUAUUGCUGCUUCCAAAGGAUAUAAACUGAUCUUGACGAUGCCAGCAUCCAUGAGUCUGGAAAGACGUGUUAUCUUGAGGGCGUUUGGAGCUGAGCUUGUGUUAACAGAUCCUGCAAAAGGCGUCAUUGGAGCGAUUAACAAGGCUGAAGAAAUCUUGAAGAACACUCCAAACUCUUACAUGCUUCAACAGUUUGACAACCCUGCCAAUCCCAAGAUUCAUUACGAGACGACUGGUCCUGAGAUAUGGGAAGAUACAAGAGGAAAGGUGGAUAUAUUGGUUGCAGGGAUUGGCACUGGUGGAACUAUCACUGGCAUUAGUAGAUUCAUUAAAGAAAGAAAACCUGAAUUGAAGGUUAUUGGUGUAGAACCUACCGAAAGUGCCAUACUUUCUGGAGGAAAACCUGGACCUCACAAGAUUCAAGGAAUUGGAGCUGGAUUCAUACCUAAGAAUUUGGACCAGACUAUUGUAGAUGAAUACAUAGCGAUUUCCAGUGACGAUGCUAUUGAAACCGCAAAGCAACUUGCUCUUCAGGAAGGCUUGUUGGUCGGUAUAUCUUCUGGAGCUGCUGCUGCUGCUGCGAUCCAGGUCGCAAAGAGACCUGAGAAUGCCGGGAAACUCAUAGCUGUUGUGUUCCCGAGCUUUGGGGAACGUUACCUAUCGACACAGCUUUUCCAGACGAUUCGAGAAGAGUGCGAGAAAAUGCAGCCUGAGCUUUGA